AUGUGCAAUUCCUGUUGUGGAUCCUGCUGCUCUGGCCAGGGCUGUGGCUGCUGCCAGCCCAGGUGCUGCCAGACCACCUGCUGCAGGACCACCUGCUGCCGUCCCAGCUGCUGCUGCAGCCCCUGCUGUGGUGGGUGCGGUGGCUGUGGUGGCUCCAGUGGCUGUGGUGGGUGCAGUGGCUGUGGCUCCUGCUGCUGCCGCCCCAUCUGCUGUAGAACCACCUGCUGCAGGACCACCUGCUGCCGCCCCAGCUGCUGUGGCUCCUGCUGCAGCCCCUGCUGUGGUGGCUCCAGUGGCUUUGGUGGGUGCGGGGGCUGUGGUGGGUGUGGUGGCUGUGGCUCCUGCUGCUGCCGCCCCAUCUGCUGUAGAACCACCUGCUGCAGGACCACCUGCUGCCGCCCCAGCUGCUGCUAG